CUCUCUCUCUCAUCCCCACUCUGCCGACUGCCAUAAGCAUAAUUAAAAAACAAUUUAAAAUUAAAACACAAGAAGAAUUUUGUAUCAACCACCAAAUAUAUAUAUAGUACCAUCUAUAUUGAUAUAUCUCAUACAUGUGUUUCUCUACACUCUUCUCCAUGCUUAUAUGACUUUCGGUGCUCCUUUUAUUCUUUUUCAGGGUCCUUCUCUUUCUUCAUACGCCUCCUCUCUGUAGAGAACCACUUAAUUUUUUUUUUUUCAGUUUUAUUUCCUCCUUAAUUUUGACUUCUGGGUAUUGGUCAUUUCUGCUGGUUUUGGACUCUGCUGAUCUGGGUUUGUCUUCUGAAAACUCAUGGAGUUUGGUAUUUCAUGGGAGGUAUGGAGAGCACUGAUCCACCUUCUAAACGUGUAAAAUUUCCUUUGGAAGAAUCGAAUAUCUUCUUAGAAGAUUCAACACGAAAAAUUCCUAUUGCUUACUCUUUGGGAGACUUGAUGGCUAAACCUCUACUCUCCCUAGGCGAUGAAGAAAUGAUUGGCCCAAAUGGAGUUAUAAGAAAAACAGAGUUUGUCAAAGUCAUAACAAAGGCAUUGUACUCACUUGGGUAUACUAAAACUGGGGCCAUUCUUGAGGAAGAGUCAGGAAUACCAUUGCACUCACUGUUGGUUAAUGAGUUUAUGCAGCAAGUUGUUGAUGGAAAGUGGGAUGAUAGUUUAGCCACAUUGCAAAAAAUUGACCUCUUAGAUGAAAAUGCUUUCAAGUUAGCAACUUUUUUUAUCAAGGAACAGAAGUUCCAUGAGCUUCUUAAAAUUGGUAAUUUGGAUGGUGCUUUAGGUACACUAAGAAAUGAGCUUGUGCCUAUUCAUAUCAACAUUGGUCGGGUUCAUGAACUUGCCGCAUGCAUCGUUUCUCCUUCUACAUGUUUAACACUUUGCCUUUUAAGUCAAGAUACUGAAGUUGCAAAAUCUAGAUCAAAAUUGCUAGAAAAACUGCAGAAGUUGCUCCCUGCAGCAGUCAUCAUACCUGACAGAAGGUUGGAAUAUUUAGUUGAACAGGCUCUUGAUGUUCAAUGUGAUGCUUGUGAAUUUCAUAAUACAUCAAAAAGUGAUCUGUCUUUAUAUUCGGAUCAUCAUUGUGGAAAAAACAAGAUUCCAAAUCAAACAUUGCAGGUACUGCGAGCACAUAGUGAUGAAGUAUGGUUUCUUCAGUUUUCACACAGUGGCAUAUAUUUAGCUUCAUCAUCCAAAGAUCAAUCAGCAAUUAUAUGGGAGGUUAAAGAAGAUGGUCAAGUUUCAUUAAAACAUGUAUUAACUGGUCACCGGAAACCAGUGUCGAUUGUUUCAUGGAGUCCUGAUGACCAUCAGCUGCUGACAUGUGGACUAGAGGAGGUCGUGAGGCGCUGGGAUGUAAGUUCUGGUGAUUGCCUCCAUGUUUAUGAAAAGAAUGGCAUCGGCCUGGUCUCAUGUGGAUGGUUUGCGGAUGGUCGAGGGAUAUUCUCUGGGAUGACUGACAAGAGUAUUUGCUUGUGGGAAUUAGAUGGAAAAGAGCUGGAGUGUUGGAAAGGUCAACGUACCCUGAAAAUAUCAGACAUGGCUGUAACUGAUGGUGGGAAGAAGAUCAUAAGCAUAUGCAAACAUACUGCUAUAAUAUUGCUUGACAGGGAGGCGAAUUAUGAGAGGCUGAUUGAAGAGGAGGAAGUAAUCACUUCAUUCUCACUAUCCAAGGACAACAAGUUCCUAUUGGUCAGUCUCAUAAACCAAGAAAUCCAUCUUUGGAACUUGGAUGGUGAAAUUAAGAUUCUGGCCAAGUACAAAGGUCAUAAGCGUACACGGUUCGUCAUCCAGUCUUGUUUUGGUGGACUUGAGCAAGUGUUUGUAGCAAGCGGUAGCGAAGACUCCCAGGUGUAUAUAUGGCACAGGGACUCAGGGGAGCUGAUAAUGACAUUGCCUGGUCAUUCUGGAGCAGUGAACUGUGUGAGCUGGAGCCCUGCAAAUCUUCAAAUGUUGGCUUCAGCCAGUGAUGAUCGGACAAUUCGAAUAUGGGGUUUGAAGAAUCAGUCCAACUUAAUGAGAGGAAAAGUUUGUCAAAGAAAUGGAGAGGUCAUUCACAACCACUUUAAUGGAAGAGUUUAGAACCAAUAUUUCCUUGUCAACAAAGUAAAAUUGUGCAAAAGUUGUUUUAAUGUUCCUCAGAAUUGUUGCCGACUUGGUCAUUGGCAAAUGAAAUUAAAAAAAGAAAUUAAUAGUUGUUUA